UAUUUACAAAAACCUUUGACUAAACCGAUGUCAAAUUAGUAUCUUUUGCUAAGAUGAAAUAUUUCAUCUAUAUCGACAACUGAUUGGAAAACAUUUUUUAAUAGAUAUUUAUACCUACGCAAUAAUUAUUUUUAUUUAAUUAAAUAACUAUGUAUAAAAAAGAAAAUGGGCCGAAGUUUUAUAUGCCAUCUCUGUUCGAUCUCCUCAAGUUGUAUGGAAUGGAAACUAUCUAUGCAAAAUCAAAUCCUCCUUCGGGAAUAAACAGCCCUAGAAAAGAACCUCUCGGGCCGUGUCCACCUGAUACAGCUGGUGGGGGAGAUGCACCGAGUCCGCCAAAGUGCUCAUGCAGGGUUUCAGAUGGACAGAAGUUAGCAAGUGAUAGGGGAAUAACCGGGGCCGGGGUUACAGGCUCUCGUACCGGGCGUAUUUGCGAACGGGGCAAGGAACUAGAGCUCCCAUCAGGAGCAACCAACCCAGGGCUACUCCGACACAUCCAUAACGCUGCCAGAUUCAGACUGCCACAGUGUUUUGAAGGCGCAUGUGUGUCCGUUAAACAAAGCGCGCACAAUAACUGGGUUCUUGGACACUCUAUGUCGUUUAGCUCUGUCACUCCGGGUGGUUACAAAGUUUUAUUAUCCUACGUCGAUAAAAGUAAACCAAUAAGUGUGCCAUAUUUUGUGAUGGAAGCGGCGCCAGGUGGACAGAUGAGCUGCGAGAUUCGCGUGGGACCUUCCCAGGGAACUAGGGCCACAGUCGUUGCGCAGGUGGCAGAUGGCGAGUUGUAUAGUUUCGAAAGUAUCUUCGACGUGUAUUUCAACAAUUUCACUGCGUCUGUUAUUGGUGUCAACCGAGAGUUUAUUGCUCUACAUUACUUGCAGGCUAUAACAGAUCGGAUUUCCCUGGGCGCGGAGGUAGUAGCGCGAGGAGCUGCGUCGGAACUGAGCUCAGCGUCUGGCGCGGCGCGCUGGUCCACCGAAGACCACUCUGUGAGUGCAACCCUUGGCAACAGGGGACUGGACCUGUGCUACGCACGAGCGAUCAAGCCCUUCCUUACUGUGGCUACAAUGCUUGAGGUGGGAUUUGCGAUCCGCCGCGCUGUAGCAACGGUGGCAUACGAGUGGCACACAGACGCAUGGACAGUCCGCGGCUCCGUGGACUCGGAUGGCCUGGUGGGCGCCACGCUGCAGAGAGCUCUAGGGGGCAAGAACGCUCAGCUAGCUUGCGCGAUAUCAGCACUUUUAAAUCACCCCAACGAUAAGUUUCGUCUUGGAUUUGGAAUCACUGCUGCUAUUAUUUAAUUUUGCUUUGUUAUACUUACCUACAUAGUUUUGAAAAUAAGUAGGUACUUAAGUCACUAGUCAGAUAAUGUGCUCUUAUUAUCACCUCUAGGUAGACGUUUUUGACAUCUUGACCGUGAGGCAAAUGUAAAAAACUAAUGAAACUUGAUUUCUAAGUUAGCUGUCAAUUUAUUGAUGUUUGUGCUUGUGUUUGUGUUAAUAAGUCAAUCUACCUAAAAUCUAAAUACUGUAAAACUAUAAUUGGUUGUAAAUUCCCAAGUUGGAUUUUCAAUCAAAUGCAUUCUUUUUUGUUCGAGAAAAUACCUCGAGCAAACCCUAUAACCUACUUAAUAAAGUAGAUUCGGGUUACCUUGUUUUAUAUAGAGAUCUACUUAGUCAUUUAUGAUAGCUUUUUAAUUUUAGAUUGAUUUGGUAUAUUUUAGAAACGUAUACCUGCCUAUCUACAUCAAGCUAUUUAAUUUUAGAUUUAAAGAACUCUACUUGUGAUUUGUCAUUAUAAAAAUAAAUGUUUUAAAAU